AACAAUCAAUUUUCAAAAGUUCAAGCACCCUGCAAGAUUUUUAACUUCCAAGAAUAAGUUACGUUCGUACUUCAUGAGCAAAAAAAUAUUUAAGUUUUCCUAAGUAUUUAGCAAAGUCGUAGAAAUUUUAUUUAAUGAACGAGUCAACUUUAUUUGGUCACGAGAGUGGUGGUCAAUCUCCGCCAAGCUCAGCCAGACAGGCAUCGGCGGCGCCGCACAAAUUUUCGCCAGAAGAAUUGCAGGUCUUGCAAGAAUGCAACACAGAAAGCUUCUUUCAACGAUCGCUGCCCUUAGGUACGAUGUUCGGUCUUGGUGCUUACUUCGGUGUGCAACAAGGUCAUUUCAAGCCCAACCCAAGAUUUGGUGCAUUCCCAAAGGUGACCUUAGCAGUGAUUGUGGGGUAUUUCUUGGGUAAGCUGUCUUACCAGCAAGCAUGUGCUGAGAAGUUGAUGGCUCUUCCAGGUAGUUACAUUGGUCAACUCCUCAGAGAAAGAAAAGAAGGAAAAUUUAGUGCGACACGCGCUCCCGCUCCACCUACAAUGUUUGGUGCAGCUCCAGGUGAUAUAUAUUCAGAUGCAGGCCCUGGCAACUCUCUGGAUCUCGAUACUGACCGACCAUUGUUCUCAGAGGACUCAUUUAAUGCAACCUCAGAAUAUGGUAAACCAUUAGAACCAGAACUGUCGCCGGCCCGGCCCGUUCAAUCCUACGACGAGCUGCGCAGACGCAACCGCGGCGAGUACAAUGACGCCCGACAGGAUCCUUAUAAAGUGGAUCCAAACAGUGCACCGGUUGUGACUCGCCCCAGUCCACGCCCAACAAAUCCAUCCGUCACUAACAAGUAUGGCGACGAAAUGGAAUAAUAGCUCCAUUUAGCAUUAGAUUAGAUGCUUAAGAACAAUGCCAGCAAUAACUUUUGAAUUUUGUUUUUGUUUAAAUAAAAGUAUUUUACAGCGUU